GAGACGGUCUGGUAGGGCCGAAACCCUGGAAUUCUGGGAAAUAGUGUACCGGCGUUGGUUCGCGGUGCCUCCUGGGAAAUGUCGUUUUUCCCCUUGAGACAAAGCAAGCACCCUAAACCAGUUAUCCUGUGCACUCCUGUUAAGAUUGUUGCUAAGGAAGGACAGGAGUUGGCGGCUGAAGCCUCAAGAUUUCCUUUAGGCUUCUUAGGUAAGAAAUCUCUAAGGUUCAAGGAGAAAGGUUAAGUUGGAAGAAUCCCAGGCAAAAUAACUGCGAAUCCACGACAGUUGGUAACCCGGACCCACAUUAGAUCUGAGAGGUCAAGCGGAAGCGAACGACUGGAAUUCCAGUCAGGCCCGCCCCCUUUCCUUACGCGGAUUGGUAGCUGCAGGCUUCCCUAUCUGAUUGGCCGAACGAACGCAGCGCGUAAUUUAAAAUAUUGUAUCUGUAACAAAGCUGCACCUCGUGGGCGGAGUUGUGCUCUGCGGCUGCGAAAGUCCAGCUUCGGCGGCUAGGUGUGAGUGAGCCAGUACCCCAGGAGGAGCAAGUGGCACGUCUUCGGACCUAGGCUGCCCCUGCCGUCAUGUCGCAAGGGAUCCUUUCUCCGCCAGCGGGCUUGCUGUCCGAUGACGAUGUCGUAGUUUCUCCCAUGUUUGAGUCCACAGCUGCAGAUUUGGGGUCUGUGGUACGCAAGAACCUGCUAUCAGACUGCUCUGUCGUCUCUACCUCCCUAGAGGACAAGCAGCAGGUUCCAUCUGAGGACAGUAUGGAGAAGGUGAAAGUAUACUUGAGGGUUAGGCCCUUGUUACCUUCAGAGUUGGAACGACAGGAAGAUCAGGGUUGUGUCCAUAUUGAGAAUGUGGAGACCCUUGUUCUACAAGCACCCAAGGACUCUUUUGCCCUGAAGAGCAAUGAGCGGGGAAUUGGCCAAGCCACACACAGGUUCACCUUUUCCCAGAUCUUUGGGCCAGAAGUGGGACAGGCAUCCUUCUUCAACCUAACUGUGAAGGAGAUGGUAAAGGAUGUACUCAAAGGGCAGAACUGGCUCAUCUAUACAUAUGGAGUCACUAACUCAGGGAAAACCCACACGAUUCAAGGUACCAUCAAGGAUGGAGGGAUUCUCCCCCGGUCCCUGGCGCUGAUCUUCAAUAGCCUCCAAGGCCAACUUCAUCCAACACCUGAUCUGAAGCCCUUGCUCUCCAAUGAGGUAAUCUGGCUAGACAGCAAGCAGAUCCAACAGGAGGAAAUGAAGAAGCUGUCCCUGCUAAAUGGAGGCCUCCAAGAGGAGGAGCUGUCCACUUCCUUGAAGAGGAGUGUCUACAUCGAAAGUCGGAUAGGUACCAGCACCAGCUUCGACAGUGGCAUUGCUGGGCUCUCUUCUAUCAGUCAGUGUACCAGCAGUAGCCAGCUGGAUGAAACAAGUCAUCGAUGGGCACAGCCAGACACUGCCCCACUACCUGUCCCGGCAAACAUUCGCUUCUCCGUCUGGAUCUCAUUCUUUGAGAUCUACAACGAACUGCUUUAUGACCUAUUAGAACCGCCUAGCCAACAGCGCAAGAGGCAGACUUUGCGGCUAUGCGAGGAUCAAAAUGGCAAUCCCUAUGUGAAAGAUCUCAACUGGAUUCAUGUGCAAGAUGCUGAAGAGGCCUGGAAGCUCCUGAAAGUGGGUCGUAAGAACCAGAGCUUUGCCAGCACCCACCUCAACCAGAACUCCAGCCGCAGUCACAGCAUCUUCUCAAUCAGGAUCCUACACCUUCAGGGGGAAGGAGAUAUAGUCCCCAAGAUCAGCGAGCUGUCACUCUGUGAUCUGGCUGGCUCAGAGCGCUGCAAAGAUCAGAAGAGUGGUGAACGGUUGAAGGAAGCAGGAAACAUUAACACCUCUCUGCACACCCUGGGCCGCUGUAUUGCUGCCCUUCGUCAAAACCAGCAGAACCGGUCAAAGCAGAACCUGGUUCCCUUCCGUGACAGCAAGUUGACUCGAGUGUUCCAAGGUUUCUUCACAGGCCGAGGCCGUUCCUGCAUGAUUGUCAAUGUGAAUCCCUGUGCAUCUACCUAUGAUGAAACUCUUCAUGUGGCCAAGUUCUCAGCCAUUGCUAGCCAGCUUGUGCAUGCCCCACCUAUGCAACUGGGAUUCCCAUCCCUGCACUCGUUCAUCAAGGAACAUAGUCUUCAGGUAUCCCCCAGCUUAGAGAAAGGGGCUAAGGCAGACACAGGCCUUGAUGAUGAUAUUGAAAAUGAAGCUGACAUCUCCAUGUAUGGCAAAGAGGAGCUCCUACAAGUUGUGGAAGCCAUGAAGACACUGCUUUUGAAGGAACGACAGGAAAAGCUACAGCUGGAGAUGCAUCUCCGAGAUGAAAUUUGCAAUGAGAUGGUAGAACAGAUGCAACAGCGGGAACAGUGGUGCAGUGAACAUUUGGACACCCAAAAGGAACUAUUGGAGGAAAUGUAUGAAGAAAAACUAAAUAUCCUCAAGGAGUCACUGACAAGUUUUUACCAAGAAGAGAUUCAGGAGCGGGAUGAAAAGAUUGAAGAGCUAGAAGCUCUCUUGCAGGAAGCCAGACAACAACCAGUGGCCCAUCAGCAAUCAGGGUCUGAAUUGGCCCUACGGCGGUCACAAAGGUUGGCAGCUUCUGCCUCCACCCAGCAGCUUCAGGAGGUUAAAGCUAAAUUACAGCAGUGCAAAGCAGAGCUAAACUCCACCACUGAAGAGUUGCAUAAGUAUCAGAAAAUGUUAGAACCACCACCCUCAGCCAAGCCCUUCACCAUUGAUGUGGACAAGAAGUUAGAAGAGGGCCAGAAGAAUAUAAGGCUGUUGCGGACAGAGCUUCAGAAACUUGGUGAGUCUCUCCAAUCAGCAGAGAGAGCUUGUUGCCACAGCACUGGGGCAGGAAAACUUCGUCAAGCCUUGACCACUUGUGAUGACAUCUUAAUCAAACAGGACCAGACUCUGGCUGAACUGCAGAACAACAUGGUGCUAGUGAAACUGGACCUUCGGAAGAAGGCAGCAUGUAUUGCUGAGCAGUAUCAUACUGUGUUGAAACUCCAAGGCCAGGUUUCUGCCAAAAAGCGCCUUGGUACCAACCAGGAAAAUCAGCAACCAAACCAACAACCACCAGGGAAGAAACCAUUCCUUCGAAAUUUACUUCCCCGAACACCAACCUGCCAAAGCUCAACAGACUGCAGCCCUUAUGCCCGGAUCCUACGCUCACGGCGCUCCCCUUUACUCAAAUCUGGGCCUUUUGGCAAAAAGUACUAAGUCUGUGGGGAAAGAGAAGAGCAGUCAUGGCCCUGAGGUGGGUCAGCUACUCUCCUGAAGAAAUAGGUCUCUUUUAUGCUUUACUAUAUAUCAGGAAUUAUAUCCAGGAUGCAAUACUCAGACACUAGCUUUUUUCCCACUUUUGUAUUAUAACCACCUAUGUAAUCUCAUGUUGUUGUUUUUUUUAUUUACUUAUAUGAUUUCUAUGCACACAAAAACAGUUAUAUUAAAGAUAUUAUUGUUCACAUUUUUUAUUGAA